AUGUCGCCCUCUCGUGAAUCUGGAGAUCGUGGUUGGCCUUCAACACCAAAUACACGGCCUAGGUUUUCAAACCUUGGUCAAUCUGAAUAUGGCCCUAGUCAAUUCAAUGCUCAGGAUGGUCAAGAUAAUUAUGGCUAUGGUCAAAAUUGUUUUACACUUGGUCAAAAUUAUUGUGCUGAUGGUUUUAAUAGCUUUUGUGGUCAGUAUGCAGGGCCGAUUGGUGGUGGGCCCAGGUCAGGUGUUGAGCAACAUGCGUAUAGGCCACAAUCAAGUGGGCCGAAUGGUAGAGGGGUCAGGACGACUUUUGAGAAUAAUGUGUAUAGGCCACAAUCAAGUGGGCCGAAUGGUAGAGGGCCUAAUGGUGGACUUACUCACAAUUUUGGACCAAUUGAUGGCUUUGGGCCGAAUGAUGGUAUUGGGCUGCCCGUUACUAACCCCGUGUCGAAUAAUGUGCAGCUUAAUUCGACUACGCCAUAUGUUGGUUAUGAAGUUCCGUGGCUAGGAGAUUUACAUGCCUCUGACUAUUCGGAUCCGUCUGCCUCGGGUUCGCAUAUCAACUCUGUGCAGAAUGGGGUGAGUGGGGAUGGAUCUGACUCCCUGGCUCCUGGGCCAGCUGGUUCGACAUCCUGGUAUCCUGAUUCGGGUGCCAGUAAUCAUGUGUGUCAAGAUGAUUCGGCACUCCGUGAUGCUGUUCCAUAUUCAGGUACGUCGUCUCUUUUAAUGGGUGAUGGUACACCUGCUAUGAUAUCGUCUAUUGGUCAAGGUAGUUUGUCUACACAAUCUAGAGUACUUCGGUUAUCUAAUAUUUUGUGUGUUCCAGCUAUUCGGAAGAAUUUACUAUCUGUUUCACAAUUUGCAACUGAUAAUGAUGUUUACUUCGAGUUUCACCCCACUUAUUAUGUGAUAAAGGAUAGAGUAACACAGAAGGUUUUGCUGACGGGCCAUAUACAUAAUGGGCUAUAUCAGUUUUCCGUGUCAGAUACGUCUGUUCCUGUUAUGUUUCAUUCGUCUACUACUCAGGUUAAAAGUCCAACUCAGACUGCUGACAGAGUUGUGUUCGUUAUGGCAUAA